ACGACACCUGAUCAAGGUGACGAUGGAAAUGAUGGGGACAGAAGACUCGGGGGUUUUAAAAGCACCGUUGAAUAAAUGAGUGAAAACCAGGUGCUUUUAGCAAAUCACAAGUUUCUUAUUUGGCUGUAGGAAGCUCUUUAGAAUGAUAAUCAUGUGUAUGCACUCAGUUCUUAUUGGAGGUGAGGAACAGAAACACCUUUUGGAAGUUGCCCAUGACUUGCAGAUGACUGAUGGCGACUACGUGUUUAUACCAUAUGAUGCUCUUCUUUACAGUCUCCCAUACCAAAACACUCCUUACCCAGUGCUGGUGAAUAACUCCAAGCUACAGAAGGCAUAUGAUUCAGUGCUGACAAUCACUGUGGAUUCUGCAAAAAUGUCAUUCCAUCAGGCAUUUCAAGAACACGUGCAGAGCCAAGAAAUUGUAACGCACUUGAAGCCUAAUCAGGUGUCACCGCUGUUUGGAACAAUCUAUAACUCAAUCUAUUUUCUUGCCAAAGCUAUGAAUAACAAUAGAAAACACCAAGCCUGGGUCUCUGGUAGCAACAUAGCAAAAUUUUCCAAGAACAUAAAAUUUGAUGGCUUUAAUCAGAAGAUCUGGACAAAUAAAAAUGGGGAUAGCUUCACCGAUUAUGUAAUCCUGGACACUGAUGGCAAAGGCACGGAACUGUAUCGCACUUAUUCCGUAGACAUGGAAGAAGAUCUAAUACGAUUGACAGGGAAAACAAUUCAUUUUCCCAAUGGAAUCUUACCGAAAACAGAAUCUGCCUGUUGGUUUACACGUGGGAAAAUUUGCACAGCAGGAAUUGAACCUUUCUUUGCUGUAACAGUGCCACUGAUGAUCAUCUUUGCUGUGUUUUUCAGCAUGGGUCUUGUCUAUUGUAUAAGGCGGAGAAUAAUUCAAAUAAAAUUACUGAAGGGUCCAGAUAAGAUUUUACUGACACUCAAUGACGUAACUUUUAUAAACCCACAACUCAGUAAAAAGAAACUCAGUGGUGAAGAUAGUCAACUUAGUGAAGGGGUACAAAGCAUUUCUGAGACCAGAGAUAGGAAAUCUCCCUUGUGGUCACACUCAAUGAGAAGUCUUACUCCUGCCACCCAUGAAAACUCAAAUGUGGCAGUUUAUGAGGGUGACUGGGUUUGGUUGAAAAAGUUUCCUUGUGAAGAAUGUGGAAAUAUUAAGCCAGGUACAAGUGCUGUGUUUGAAAUGAUGAAGGACUUUCGGCAUGAAAACAUAAACGUUUUCCUUGGAUUCUUCUUUGACUGUGGAAUGCUUGCUAUUGUGACAGAGUUCUGCACCCGUGGAAGUCUGCUCGAUCUGAUGAGAAAUGAAGAUGUGAAAUUAGACUGGAUGUUCAAGUCAUCACUUCUGCUGGAUCUGAUCAAGGGCAUGAGGUAUUUACACCAUCGCGAAUUUAUACAUGGAAACCUGAAAUCACGAAACUGUGUGGUAGAUGGACGCUUUGUCCUUAAAGUAACAGAUUAUGGAUAUAUCGAUGUGGCCAAAGCCCAGAACAUUCCGUUGAUGGAACAUCCAGCAGAAGAAUCCUUUUGGACAGCUCCUGAGAUACUACGAAAGCCUAAUCCUUUAAUGAAUGGUACCUUCAAAGGUGAUGUUUAUAGUUUCUCAAUCAUAACGCAAGAGGUGGUUAUACGAGGCCCACCGUAUUGCAUGUUUGAUCUGUCUGCAGAAGACAUUAUCCAGAAUAUAAAAAAGCCUUCUCCUUUGCUCAGGCCCAUUGUAACCUCAGAUCAUGCCCCAAUGGAGUGUAUCCAGUUAAUGAAGCAAUGCUGGAAUGAAAUACCUGAAAGAAGACCAUCCUUUGAUGAAGUCUUCGAUAACUUCAGAAAUAUUAACAAAGGUAGAAAGACCAAUAUUAUCGACUCUAUGCUGAGAAUGCUUGAACAAUAUUCCAGUAACUUAGAAGAUCUGAUAAGGGAGCGAACUGAAGAGUUAGAAAUAGAAAAACAGAAAACAGAGAAACUUCUGACACAGAUGUUACCUCCAUCAGUUUCAGAGUCCCUGAAAACAGGCUGUACCGUUGAGCCUGAGUACUUUGACCAGGUGACCCUGUACUUCAGUGACAUCGUUGGUUUUACAACAAUAUCAGCAAUGAGUGAACCCAUCGAAGUGGUCGACCUCCUGAAUGAUCUCUACACUCUUUUUGAUGCUGUGUUAGAAAAUCAUGAUGUCUACAAGGUGGAGACAAUCGGAGAUGCUUACAUGGUUGUCUCUGGCCUCCCGGCAAGAAAUGGUAACAGGCAUGCAGCUGAGAUUGCAAGUAUGUCUCUCGAUAUCCUGAGUGCAGUAGGCACCUUUAAAAUGAGACAUAUGCCAGAUGUGCCGGUUAGAAUAAGGAUAGGUCUGCACUCAGGACCAUCUGUUGCGGGAGUUGUGGGUCUGACCAUGCCACGGUAUUGUCUAUUUGGAGAUACUGUCACUACAGCCUCACGCAUGGAAUCCACAGGGCAACCUUAUCGCAUUCAUGUCAACCACACCACUGUUAAAAUUCUUCUAAGUCUGAAUGAAGGUUAUAAGGUGGAGCCCAGAGAAAGGACUGAACUGAUGGGCCAAGGCUUUGAGCAGACCUAUUGGCUGGUAGGAAAAGAAGGUUUUACCAAGCCAUUACCAAAACCUCCAGAAUUGAAGCCAGGACAAAGUACCCAUGGUUUGCAAAUGGAAGAAAUGGCAAGAUACAAAAAAAUGAAAGCACAAAAACUGCAAAAAUAAGUGUCCAGCAUUGACAACCCAAAGGACAAAGAUCCAUUCAUGGGGAAGACAAUCAUGUGGCAGCACAGCUCCCACAGCAAGGGAGACAAUGAUAGCAUCACAGAUGGCAACCUUAAUCCUCAUCCACUGAUUAAGAGGCUAUCAUCUGAUUAACAAGGACAUUGCAAAAGGUUAUUCUUAGUGGCAUUAGGACCAUUGCAGCAGAUAAACCAGAGGUAGAUUAUUAAAAGUAAUCUUGGAGGAAAAUUUAUAACUCAAGUUGAUGCUCAUCCACCAUAUCAGUGACAUUUAGAAACUUAGGACAGAAUUUUGCCGUCGGCAAGCA